GCGGGGAGGGGAGGAGGUGGUCCUCCGGCUGCGGACUAUCGGGGUUGCUUUGCCUGCUGGCGCUGGCUGGAGGCUGGCUUCCAGCACCGCUCGCAGACAUUCUUUCCGCUCCCGGGUACGUUCCACCGCUGUCCAGCUGCCUCUCAGGGCGCGAUUCCGAUGUCCCUGGGCACGGCGUGAGCAGGUGGGCAGAGCAGUCAUCGGGGAAAUAGGCCCCCCGGGGGAGGCGACAGCGGGGCCAUGGCCCGGAGAUCGGGGCCAGCGGGCGCAGUCUAUGGAGAGGAGUUCUCCUUCGUCAGCCCCGUGGUGAAAUACCUGCUCUUUUUCUUCAACAUGCUUUUUUGGGUAAUCUCUAUGGUGCUGGUUGCUAUAGGAGUCUAUGCACGGUUAAUGAAGCAUGCAGAGGCAGCUAUGGCCUGCCUGGCAGUGGACCCAGCCAUCCUGCUAAUUGUAGUGGGCAUCCUCAUGUUUCUACUCACCUUCUGUGGCUGCAUCGGAUCCCUUCGGGAAAACAUCUGCCUCCUGCAAACGUUCUCUCUCUGCCUCACCAUCGUGUUCUUGCUCCAGCUGGCUGCCGGAGUCCUGGGCUUUGUUUUUUCAGACAAGGCUCGUGGAAAAGUGAGUGAAAUCAUCAACAAUGCCAUUGUUCACUACCGAGAUGACCUGGACCUACAGAACCUCAUUGACUUUGGCCAGAAGGAGUUCCAUUGCUGUGGUGGUAUCUCCUACAAGGACUGGUCCCAGAACAUGUACUUCAACUGCACAGAAGACAACCCCAGCCGGGAGCGGUGUUCUGUACCUUUCUCCUGCUGCCUGCACAAAUCCAGCCAGAAAGUAAUCAACACCAUGUGUGGCCGAGGUAUACAAGCUCUUGACUACCUGGAGGCUGGUAAAGUCAUCUACACUAAUGGCUGCAUUGACAAGCUAGUCAACUGGAUCCAUAGCAACCUCUUCCUCAUUGGGGGUGUGGCAUUGGGCCUAGCCAUCCCUCAGCUGGUGGGCAUCCUGCUAUCUCAGAUCCUUAUCAAUCAGAUCAAAGAUCAGAUCAAGUUACAACUCUACAAUCGGCAGCACCGGACUGACCCAUGGUAUUGAACACCCAUCCAUUCCCCCGCCAGGAUGAAAGGCGGGCGUCAUCUGCUUACAGCACUGGGCACAGCUCUGGGCAAAGAACAGAGAUUUGGAUUCCCCUCACCCAGUGACAAAGAGCAAGCUCCAGACAGGCAGACAAAGGCAAGACAUGCAGAUGGCCUUCGUCACAGAAGGAUGGUCCUCCCCCACCUGGGGCCGUGCCACAAUUUUCUGAGAGAGGUUUUUUGAUUUUGUUUUAUUUUUAUUUGUUGGGUCUGUUUGGGGUUUUUUAAAGUUACUUUUAAACAAAAAUGUUUUAGGGGAUGCCAGUUGCACAGUGUUACAAUGAGACCAGCUUCCUCCUCAUGCAGGCAUCACAGUAACCAACCCAGCCUUUUCUGUCCCUGGACACUCAGAUUAGUGCCAACUAGAUUUGGGCACUGGAGGGAGUAGUACACCAGUAGCCCCUGCCCUGGGUCCAGCUGGCAUAAUACCAGCCCCAGAAGCUUGACUCUGAGUUAGGGGGAGGGUAGUAAUUGUAAGAGUCAAGUGGGGACACUUAUGUAUGUGUUGGGUAGGACUGUGGAAAGGGAUACAUCUGCCACCUCCCUAUUCCGUGUUCCCCCUUAGGCAAUCUGAGCCAACUCCAUUCUGACCCCUCCUUCAUUUCCAUGGAAAUAUGGUAACAAGGGGGCAGGGAAUGCCUCCGCAGCCAAAUUCAUCUUUAAAAAAAAAAAAAAAGCUUGGAAUCAUGAUACCUUCUCUGGCUUGUGCCUGAGGACCAUCCCAGCAGCAGCCAAGAAAGAGGUGACACAGCCACACAUACUCUUUUACCCUCUUCCUCCAGCCUGGUACUUUCCCCCAUGAACAGGCAGUUUCUUGGGAACAUGGAGAUAUUAAAGACAAUACCUCCUAGCCUUCCUCAUCUCCCAGCACUAAGAUUGGCAUUGUGUGUGUCCCAGAACUCUAUCAUUCUACCAGGUAAGAAACAGGAAUCCUGCAGCAUUAGAAAGGGAGAUGCCGUAAAAAGUAUUAAAGUAUGCUGAGCUCAGGUCCAUGACCAUGAGGUCCUGGAAGGUAGGAGGAGACUGGGUGAGGGCUGAGGGCCUUCUGGGUGGUAACCCUUCUCUUGUGUCUGGUUUUGAGGGAGGGUGGUCGGGCAGCAGGGAGCAAAAUAGCUCUCUGGUGGCCUCAGUACUCGGUGGAAAUGAUCUAUCCCUAUUUUCCAUCUCCCAACUCUCCAAGUGGGUACCCCAAUUCUUAGUGAUUCCCAAUCUAGUGUUCGAGAUGCCCUGGGGUUACCUAAUUAUCUCAAGGGGUGUCAUAAACGUCUGCAAACGAAACUAAUUUCAGAUCACUGUAAUUAGGAAAACAUGUCAUUCAACAGUUGGGUGGGGCAGGGCAGGUGUCAGGAAAUGCAGCCACUUGGCUCACAGGUCUAGCCUCUACAUCGUCCGGUGGGGAGAAGAAUCUCUCCCUAGCCGAGUCCGGGCCAGGUCCUGCUCUCUCUAGCCUACCUUUCUCUGAAGUCCGACUCAUUCAGGCUUCAUGGCCUUCGGCCCAGCCUGCUCCAGUCUAGAUGGAGAAAGAGCAGCCACCUCUUCGAGCCUGGAGAUGGUGUUUGCGCAGGCCUCCAGCGGGGAGGGGGUUGGGGG